GCGGCGGCGAAAAUGGUGAAGUUUCUAAAACCUAACAAGGCAGUAGUCGUCCUGAACGGCCGUUUCGCUGGCCGGAAAGCGGUGAUCGUCCGGCAAUUCGACGACGGAACCCGCGACCGUCCAUACGGCCACUGUCUGGUUGCCGGAAUCUCAAAAUAUCCAAAAAAAGUGAUCCGAAAGGACUCUGCGAAGAAGACGGCGAAGAAGUCUCGAGUGAAGGCGUUCAUCAAGCUCGUGAACUACAAUCAUAUUAUGCCGACGAGGUACACGCUUGAUGUAGAUCUGAAAGAUGUUGUUACGGCUGAUGUGCUUACGUCACGUGAUAAGAAGGUGACUGCGUGUAAGGAGACCAAGGAUAGGUUUGAGGAGCGGUUUAAGACCGGGAAGAACAGGUGGUUUUUAUCCCCUCACCCUAAAUUUCACUGA